AUGAUUUGUUUGUCUUUGAUUAUUACAACCUCUUCUUUAUCAUCAUCUUCUUCUUCUUCUCCACUCAUAGUACUAAUAUUUGAGAUGUAUAAUAUAAAUAGUAACAAUAACAAUAAUAAUAAUAAUAAUAAUAGUAGUAAGAAUAUUAAUAUAAAGAACAAGAAUGAUGAUCAACAACAACAACAACAACAACAACCAUUACAACCAUCAUCUGAUUGGGUGAUGGUAAAUGAUCAGUAUAGGCAGCAACAGACUACUACUACCUCUACUCCGACGACACAUACAACAAGUAAAUCUAUACCAAUCCCAACUGUAAAUAAUAACAAUCAUACCAAUAUAUUCUCAACUACUCCGUCAUCAACAUCAUCUAUUACUACGUUUAUACAAAAGACAUUUUCAUCGUCUUCAUCACCUCCGAAUCAUACAACCGUCGGAUUUAAUACAAUUCAACAGAAUCUUGAACAUACCAAUAAGAAUACAUCAACCAAUACUAGUCCUAUAUUGGCAUCUACUCGAAUACCAACGACGACGAAUACAUCUUCGUCUUCGUCAUCAUCAUCGAAUCCAAUACCAAUACCAUCGCUGAGAAAGAAUAGUGGAAGUAGUUUUAAAUUGGACUCAUUUUUAAUGGGAAUACAUCAUCAUAUUGGAUCACCGUCAUCAUCAUCACCUACACCAUCACCUAUUGACAAGGAAGCAGCGUAUCAACAACAACUCAAUAGUGUAGUGACACUAGAGCAUCCACAUCCAUCACCGGCAUCUCUCAAUACUACUACUACUACAUCGCUGAGUUCAAGUCAAGAAAAGAGAUGUAAUUAUUGCCAAUCAUCUCGAGUCGUUGUAAACGAUCACAAUAAUGUAAUAACAAAUAAUCUAAAUAAUAUAGCCUUUUCACCAUCAACUACAAACGCUAUUCAAGGUUUUGCUAAUCAAGGUUUCAAUAAUAAUAAUAUUGAUAAUAAUAAUGGUUUUGGUAAUUUAAAUGGAUCAUCGACAAUACUUUCAACUUCACCAACUACAUCUGCUGUAUUAUCAGGACAAAAACAACAAUUGAUUCAAAGACAUUUACAUCAUCAUCCUGCAAUUGUCGAGCUGGCAAUGAAUGUUGAAAUGUUGCAACAAUAUAAAAUGCAACAACAUGUAGUGUCGGUGAGUCAGCAACCUCUCAACAGUCUCGAUGUAUCACAAGAAUCGCUCAUUUCGGCAUACAACUCUUCAGAACACUAUUCAUCAGUCUAUUACAAUAUUUUGACACAAUUGGAUCUCGUCGAUCAACGGCCUAGUCAAUACCAAAGCCAUCUCAACGAGAUUGAUAAUUUUCUUCAACAAUUGGAAAAGUUUUCUCAAGGUUUAAACAUUCAAAUAUUUAAUAGACUUGGUGAUAAUAUUAAACUCAUCUAUGAUCAUCUUACCUUGAUUAAAAAUGAUUUAAUUGAUAUUCAAAGAAAUAAUAUUUCAUCUGUACAAUUCAAAGGAUAUUUAACAAUUACAAAUCAUACAUUAAAUAAUUUAGAUAAAUCAACUCAACAAUUUACUUUAAAGUUUUUACAUUCAAUUACACCAUUCAUGUCAGUACCAGCUGUAUUAUUUAAUGAUACACUCAAGAAAUACGCAAAAAUUACGAUCACCAAACAUAAACUUACACCUCUUGGAUGUGAAUGGAAUAUUACUUUACAAUUUGAAAGAAAUUUUAUGGAUGUAAUUAAAUAUUGUGAUCCAAUUAAAUCUAUCACUAUUCUUGUAUAUCAUUCAUCAUCACAAACACCACAAUAUUUCCAUGUUAAAAACAAACCGAUUAUUAUUAGUGAAGAGAAACAAUUUAUUGGAUCAGUAUCACAUUUUUGUGUUGAAUUGAUACCACUACUUCAAAAGGUUGAUGGAUCCCUUACAUCUUCUUUGGGAGGAUUCUACAUGACCUAUCUUUAUCAUGUAUUCCAAAACAAACAAGAGAAUUUUCAAAAUUUGAAGUUGAUAGAUUAUGUUUAUUAUUUAAAAGCAAGAAAUCCAAAUUAUUUAAAAGAAGUUAUACCAAAUUUUAUAAAACAUUUAUAUUAUGAUCCAUUAUUCUUUCAUCUUUGGAAUGAAAGAUGUAUACAUUUUGUUUCAAUGAAAGAAUCAAUAGUUCCAAAUGAAUUUUUAGGUAGAUUAAUAUCAAACAAAUUUUCCUUUUUAAUAUCAUUUGACGAGAAGAAUUUCAUUGUAUAUUUUACAAGAGGCAUUUCUCAAACCAUACACACUGAACUAUUUACAACGAUUCAAGCAUUGAUAACAUUUAUUCAAUCCAAUCAAUUCAUUUCAAUUAUCAUUUACGCCAAGGAGAAUGAUGUUCAACCAAUUAGUUAUUUUAAUACUAUCAUCCCAUUAUCAGUAACAACUGUAGAACAACAAAAUUCAUCACUUGUUACUAUUCAACAAUCUCCAAGAGAUAGUAAUCAUUUAAAAUCUACGACUACAACAAAUGAUAAAUCAAUAACAUUAUGUGGACCUUGUAUAUCGUUGAUUAGAGAGUUUUUAGAGAAAUUAAAUAUAGAAACUCAAAGUGAAAAUGCAACCUAUAUUCAAUUUUUAAAGGAUAAUAGUAUUGAUAUUAAUACUAUAUUGACAACAACUACACCAGUCAUACCAACCAUUAAAUCAUCUCCUUUAACAUUUGCUUCAACAUUUUCACAAAAUAGUAGUAGUAGUGCUAGUGGUGGUGGUAGUAGUUUGAUAACCUCUGUAGAUUUAUCAAUUAUUAAAGAACAAGAUAGAAAAUGGGCACAAUAUACUUAUCAAGCUCUUGAUGAAGAAAUGGCUGCUAUGGAAGAAAUUGAAAAAGAAUUAAUGAAAGAAUAUAUGGGAUUAGAAGAUCAAAUGGAUGAUAUUGUAGAAAUGAGAAUUAAAUUGGAUGGAAUACAUAAAGAGAUUAGAGAAGAAGAGAAGAAACAUUAUAGUGAAGUCAAUCAAUUCUAUCAAGGUUACUUUUCAAUGAUUGACGAGAAGCUAUUGAUGGAAAGACAAAUAGCAUCGACUCGGGAGGAUAUUGAAAGCCUCUCUGAAAUCAAUCUAUUGCGUGAAUUGUUUCAAAUCAGUUUUGAAAAGGUCGAUGAACAUACUAUCGUUAAAAUCAACGAUCUACAUCUUGGUACACUACCUCCAAAACACAAGGUUGAAUGGGAUGAAAUUAAUGGUGCCAUGGGUUUAAUUGUAUUACUUGUACAUAUCAUUGCAAAACAAUUAAAUUAUAAUUUUAUAAAAUAUAAAUUAAUACCAAUGGGUAACAAACCUAUUAUUCAAUCGAAAUUUGAUAAAGAAGCAUACCCAUUGUAUGGUGGAGACGAUGUUUAUUUCAAAACAACGUUUAUGUUGUGGGGAAGAACUGAACAUAAAUUCGAUGUUGGACUGGAGGCUCUGUUGUCUUGUGUCAAUGAAUUGUGCAGUUUGGCAUUCACCAAAUACAAUUUACAGUUUGCAUUCAAGAUUGAUCGUGACAAAAUUGGAGGAAAGAAUGGACAUCAAUCGAUAAGAGUCAGUGGAAACACAGAAGUAAAUUGGACAAAAGCAUUAAAGUAUAUGGUUACCAAUAUCAAAUGUAUCAUACCUCAUUUGUCUAAAGAAUUAUCAUCAAAUACCCCAACUACAUCUUCAUCAAUCUUAUCAUCUUCCUCUUCAUCUGUUUUUAGUUCAUCAUCAUCCUCUACUAUAUUAUCUUCAUCUUCAUCUUCAAUUAAUAAUAAUAAUAAUAAUAAUCCUAUUAAAGAAGAAGAAGAAGUAAUAUUAUAA